AACAGACACAAUGGCGACAUCCACCUCAUCCAAGACAUCCAAGGCCAACACCACCUUCUCUCUGGCCUUGUUCAAAAAGCUGAGUGAUGACGACAAGACGGCGAAUAUCUUCUACUCCCCUUUCAGCAUCUCUUCAGCCCUGGCUAUGGUGAUGCUGGGGGCCAAAGGCAACACAGCCACGCAGAUGUCAGAGGUUCUCUGCUUCACCGAGGCAGAAAAGCCACGUCAUGCAGGAGCAGAGCAGAUGCAGAUGCAGCAGCAGGCCCCGUUCAAACUGCCAGCGCAUCUGCUGAAGAUGUGCCUGAAAACCCAGGAUUGCCCGGACGAUGUCCACGUUAGCUUUGCCCAACUGCUGAGCGAGCUCAACAAGGCUGACGCUCCGUAUGCCCUCAGUGUUGCCAACAGACUGUACGGGGAGCAGUCCUACCAGUUCGUUGAGGAUUAUUUGGGAAAAACCAAGAAGCACUACAGCGCAGAGCUGGAGGCGGUGGACUUCGUAACCAGCUCAGAGGCGGCCAGGCUCAACAUCAACAAAUGGGUGCUCGAGCAGACACAAGGUAAAAUUAAGGACGUGCUGGCCCAGGGUGUGGUGGACGGCCUCACCAGGCUGGUGCUGGUCAAUGCCAUCUACUUCAAAGGCAACUGGAACAAGCAGUUUCAAGAGAGUGCCACCAAGGAUGCUCAGUUUAGACUCAACAAGAAAGAAACCAAGUCAGUGAAGAUGAUGUACCUGAAAUCUAAGUUCCCCGUCACCUACAUCCCGGAAGCCAACUGCCAGAUCCUAGAGAUGCCUUACAAAGGAAAGGAGCUCAGCAUGCUCAUCUUUUUACCCAGUCAGAUGGAGGAUGGUACAACAGGUCUGGAGAAGCUGGAGAAGGAGCUGACCUAUGAGAACUUUGUGGAGUGGACUCGUCCAGACAUGAUGGAUGAAGUUGAGAUUCGGGUGGGGCUGCCUCGGUUCAAGAUGGAGGAGAGCUACGACAUGAAGAAUGUCCUGGCCAGCAUGGGCAUGUUGGACGCUUUCGACGUGUCAAUGUGUGACUUCUCUGGCAUGUCUCCCGGCAACGACCUGGUGCUGUCCAAGGUCGUCCACAAGGCUUUCGUGGAGGUCAAUGAGGAGGGAACGGAGGCGGCUGCCGCCACUGCUGCUGUCAUGAUGCUGCGCUGCAUGCCACAAUCCUUCACCGCAGACCACCCCUUCGUCUUCUUCAUCCGACACAACGCCUCCUCAAGCAUUCUCUUUGCUGGCCGAUACUGCUCCCCUGAGUGAGCCGUUUAGAGCAGUGUUUCUCAACAGGAGGGGGGGGGGGUGUCUAUUACAUCUACUAUUGUAACAGUAUACAAUAUAAGCAUUACUGGAAGUAUGUUGAGAAUUACCACCCUGGAGUUCCCUAUAGCUAAUCACAACCUGAGUUCCUCAACACUAAGAAUGACUAGUAAAGUCGGUGGUGUUGAAAUUUCCUGAGAGUGGCUUCUUGUUGACCUCUGUGUGCAAUACUUAAUCUCAUCCGUAGGAUCUGCUUCACUUUAUGUCUGUAAUGCACGUAUGGCCCUAUUUGCUGCACCUUCACACCCUACCUUAGUUAAUCUUUACCAUUAAAGUCUAAUGUAUCUUAUCUUAAGCCUUACACCCUUUGAAAGAAUUUGCCUUAAUCACAAUUUCUCUUUUUUCUACCUCCAGCCAAGACGUUAACUUUACUUAUACACCAUAUGAAUAUACGAGUGUUGCAAGAUUUGCUGCACUUGUUCUACCGAACAUGCAAUUUCAGCAUUUAUAUGUUCAGUCAACCAAAGAGAAUAAAGUGACAAUAUAAAUCCCAUUGUCAGAUAGAUGAUUGGUGUAGUGAAGGAAAGUGUGGUUAUUUGUAAUUGUACCAUCAUGCAUAUAAUACAUAUAGACUAUAAAGAACAAGAGCUUACAUGAAGGUUUGAACUGGCAUUGAGUCCAUGUUAGUUUAUGCAUCCUUGUGCUUUUACAUGUAGAAUAAAAGUGUGUGGUUUAAAAAUAA